UGAAAUAGUUGCCAGUCAUUGUGCAGCGGUAGCGUUAGCUCAGCCGCUAGCAGGUGAACCUGAAGUGUUUGAACCUUAUAGUCGAUCUGUUUAAUAUAUAAAUAAAUAUAAUAUUACAGGCAGAAUGAAAGAAUUAUCUGCUAAGCGGAAGGAGAAGCAGAAGGAGAGUAAAGCCGAGCAGCAGAAGCAGAAGGACGGCGGUGAUGAUGUGGAGAUGGCCGAGGAUGAAGCGGCCACAUCGGUGAAAACAGCCAAAGAACUCGAUCAGGCCACCCUGGAAGAUAUCAAGGAGCACGUGAAGCAGAUCGAGAAGGCCGUGUCCGGUAAGGAGCCGCGCUUCGUGCUGCGUGCGUUGCGCGCUCUACCCUCGACCAGUCGGCGCCUGAACGCCAACGUCCUCCAUAAAGCCAUCUCGGGCUUCUUCACCUCUAAUGCUGCCGGGAAGGAGUUCCUGCUCGGCUUUCUGGAGGAGCCCAUGGAUACGGAGGGAGAGCUUCAGUUCAGACCUCGCACCGGUAAGGCGGCGGCGGCUCCUCUGAUCCCCGAGGUGGAAGCUUAUCUUCAGCUCCUGCUGCUCGUCCAUCUCAUCAACAACAAACGCUACACGGAGGCUCAGAAGGUCUCGGACAACCUCCUGCAGAAGAUCAGCUCUCAGAACCGCCGGGCGCUCGACCUGGUGGCGGCCAAGUGUUAUUAUUAUCACUGCCGCGUGUACGAGUUCCUCGACCGGCUGGACGCUGUGCGCAGUUUUCUGCACACGCGCCUGAGGACGGCGACGCUGCGCCACGACCCCGACGGCCAGGCCACGCUGCUGAACCUGCUGAUGCGCAACUACCUGCAGUACAACCUGUACGACCAGGCCGAGAAACUCGUCUCCAAAUCCGUCUUCCCUGAGCUGGCUAACAACAACGAGUGGGCGCGGUACCUCUACUACACCGGGCGGAUCAAGGCCAUCCAGCUGGAGUACUCUGAGGCCAGGAGGACUCUGACCAACGCGCUCCGCAAAGCACCUCAACACACCGCCGUGGGCUUCAAACAAACCGUUCAUAAGUUGUUGAUAGUGGUGGAGCUGCUGCUGGGAGAGAUUCCUGACCGUCUGCAGUUCCGCCAGCCGUCUCUGAAACGCUCCCUCAUGCCGUAUUUCCUCCUCACUCAGGCUGUGAGGACCGGAAACCUGGCCAAUUUCAAUCAGGAGCUGGAUCAGUUCGGAGAGAAGUUCCAGACCGAUGGUACCUACACCCUCAUCAUCCGCCUCAGGCACAACGUCAUCAAGACCGGUGUGAGGAUGAUCAACCUGUCGUACUCUCGUAUCUCUCUGGCCGACAUCGCUCAGAAGCUUCAGCUGGACAGUCCUGAGGACGCGGAGUUCAUCGUGGCUAAGGCGAUCCGUGACGGCGUGAUCGAGGCCAGUAUAAACCACGAGAAGGGUUACGUCCAGUCCAAGGAGACCAUGGACAUUUACGGCACCAGGGAGCCUCAGCUGGCCUUCCACCAGAGAAUCUCCUUCUGUCUGAAUAUCCACAACAUGUCCGUCAAGGCCAUGAGGUUCCCACCCAAAGCGUACAACAAGGACCUGGAGUCUGCAGAGGAGCGGCGUGAGAGGGAGCAGCAGGACCUGGAGUUCGCCAAAGAGAUGGCGGAGGACGAUGACGACAGUUUCCCAUAAUCCACCAGUGUGCAGAUGAAUCCCGGAACCUGAUUAUUAUUUUUUUUCUUUAUCGUUCGUUCGCGUUUGUUUGGGUUUAUCGGAGUCCGACAGCAGGAGCGGGAACCGUCGACGUUCCUCUGGUUCUGUGUAAAAGCUCGUCAUGAUGAUCCGGCACCGGUCUCAUUACUCCACCUCACGUUCUCCAGCCAGCAGAGACGUGCUGCCUCACACUUACAGGAUCCAGACCCGGGAAGGGGGGGGGGGAGUUUACAGCAGUGAUGAGAAGUGUUGAGUGUGUGUGGGGGAGUCGGGUUAAUGUAAACGACGUUUCCCUGCUGGUUCUGGAGAAUCGAGACCCUUCAGAGGCUCUAAAUUCUGCUCUGGUUUCACCUCACACUGCACUAAUAAACUCACUUUUCUAUAAA